CACCAGCCAGUUAACACAGAAGAAUCAAGUUGCAUAACAAAAAAGUUGUCUGCUAAAAAAGGGAAAAGGAAACUGUCUGGAAUCGUUUCCAGUUUUGAUCGAAUCAACAUCAAGAAAGAUGCAUCCCGAUCUGUCACCACACCUACACACUGAAGAGUGUAACCUGACGAUACGACUUCUACUACAGUGUCAUAAAGAUAAUCCAGUCUCAAAAUUUAUGGGGAAGUGCAACCAGCAAGACACAGAACUUCACAGGUGCUUGAAAAAAGAGUAUCUUGAAAAACUGGCUGCCAACAAAUUGAAGACAACAGAGAGACGACAAAGAAUGGGUCUCCUCGAGCAGUCGUGAUCAAAACAUUCAAUGCAAGAACCAAGAUGACGAUGUCAACUAACUCAUCUAAACAAGAACCUUUAAACGGGAGACUCUACGAAAGCAGUGACCAGCUUUGCCGUUCCACAGUUGUCGCAAGAAGGGUAGUUGUGGCGAGAAGCCCAUUUGCUGGGACAAGUAGGGUUUUAUUUGAGGAGGUUCAGUGUCCAGGUGUGAUGAAUCUUGGAUAUCAGAGUCAGCUGAAAUGGUUGUGGAGUGUACAUUCAGUCGCUCACCAUCAUCAUGAACAAAGACAAGUUGACUCGAGUGGGAUUUGAACCUUAGACCUCCGGAUUAACAUGACGGUGCUCUACCAACAGAGCUAUCUAGAUCUUCCUAUAUUGUCAAUACCUUUGUGCUGGGAUUCCAGUCGGAAGCCUUUCUUUCAUUUUGUAACUGCCGUGUAGCCAUGGAUCACAUCCAGUCUAUGAUACAACCUGGGAAGUGGCAGUU